AUGGCGCCAAAGAACACACCCGCCGAUGCUUGGGAGGACGACUGGGAAUCACUCGCCGACAAAGAAGAUGAGAAGCCCGUAGAAGAGCAACCAAAGAAGCUUACGAAAGCGCAACUCAAAGCUCAACACGCUGAGCUCAACAAACAGCUUUGGCAGGCGGCCGAAAACCCAGAGCCUCAAUGGUACCCUGAAGUCCACCCCGCGCCCGUCGCAGCAACCUUCAAGCCGAAAGUCACGAUGCUUGCACGCAAGCCCACUCCUCAAGUUCUCUCCCGCAAUAUGGCAGGCAUGAGCCUCGACGACGACGAUAGUGAAGAGGAGCGACGGAAGAAAGCAGCGGCAGACUUCGAAGAGCGCAAAGCACGUGCACAGAAGGAACGAGCAGAGAAGGAGCGCAAGUACGCAGAAGCACGAGAGCGCAUCUUCGGCUCACCAGCUGCUUCCGCUGCAGAGGACUCGCGCAGCAACUCCCCCAACAAAGCUGCCCGAGGGAAAGGACGAGGACGCGGUGGAAGGGACAGCCAGCCUAGAUCGAGCAACGAGCAGUCGCCCGCCCGUACAGCACAUGUAGCUCCUGCGCGCCAACUCUUCGAUCCUACCUACACCCCAAAGCCCGGCUCCGUAUUCAUACAGAAGAAAGAAUCUGGUAUCAGUCGCCCAUCUACACCAAACACACAAGAGAAACCUGUUCGUCAGCCACAAGGACCCACAAGAGGCGGCGGACGAGGCUUCGCUCCAAGAGGAGGAUAUGGUACUCAGGCAGGAAAAAAACUGAACAGGCCUGCAGACUACACCAAGAUAAAGACCUGCAAAGGAACGAGUGACCGCUGCGUCCAGGACUUUCCGAAGAGCUUCCGCACAAUGGCUCCACAGUCACCCGAACAGUCAAUCGAGCAGUCAACUGAUCAACUUCCGCCUCCAAAAUGGACAUACGCUCACACCGCGACGCUACAGAAAGACCUCGCCAAAUUCACCUACUUCAUCAAUCACCAAGUCGACAACAUCUCAGAGCACGACCCCAAGCGGCAGGAGCUACUCAACCUUAUAAAGAAGGAGGUGGAACUCGACGACAUGAUGGGCCAUAUUGCUGCUCUUCACCCGCAGGUGAACGAUUAUGGAGUCGCUGGGGAGAUCCAAGGGGUCGCACAAGAAAUCCCUACGAAGAAGGGAGCUCUUCCUGAACACCUACAGCCACCGUACCGUGACACUGCGAGGAAACAGAUGGCACGCGAGAAGACUCGGAUGCUGAAGCAUUCAGACAGCACGCCGGAGACGAGCGGUUCAUGUGAGACCCCCGAAACCAACACACCCGAAUCGGCUGAGGGAAGUCACCAUGAUGAAGGAGACAAGGAUUACGUGCCGUGA